AUAUGAGUCGUUCGCCGCGGUGAACAACGUCGGGGAAGACAAAGAUUUACGGUAUGAUCGGCAUGAUGCGCUUGCGUUGCAAGUACCGCCGGGCAGGGACGGCCGUGUGUACGGUGGUCAGAGUAGAGGAUGAAGGAAGUCGUCGGAUGACUUGAAUUUUGAAACUCAUCGUGGCCUUUGUCUGCAGCCUACAACCUUUACCCUUCGAAGGCUACUACGUCCUUGACCAAAACACUACUACCUUGCCGUGCAGCCCGAGCCCGUGCGCGUGCACUACGACCCCUGGCCGGCCGCUGUUACAAUGAACCACUUCGACUACUAUUCUCAGCAAUCCUUCAACACGAACCAACGGCCGCAAUCCCACACCCAUCCCGAGCCCGACGUCAACCUCAACUACGACCACUGGCAGUCUCUCCUUCCUUCGCAGCCGGGAGAAACAACAAACCUCGACAACAAUCCCGCUAUUAUCCAGCAGAGUCAACAUCAUGAUCCCUCAUGGACUUCGACAUACUCGACUCCCUCUUCUCUCGACCCCACGGACGUCAUGCGUUUCCUCGAGGGCGCUCCCCACUCUGACCCCUCCGUAAAUGGGCAUGCGGGUUUUCCUGGAUCGUUAGCUCAACACGAUGCAGGUCCUACAGAGCAGACGCACCAACAAUACAAGAGCAGUGGCUCAGAUGCCUCCAUCCAACUCGAGGUCCUGCGAGAGACACGUCGGAUCAGAGAGCUAGAGCUCUCGAUCGCUGAGGAACGACGGCGGACGGAGGAGGAACUUCGAAAGCAACGGGAGGCAGAGCUCGCAUUGGCACAGCUGGGGAUGCAUCCCCAUGCCCAUCCCGCUCAGAAUCAAAUCUCCCCACCCGCCUCAUCGUCCUCUUUACCCACCCUACCCACCGCAUUCACCCCGCAGUCGCAGUCGCAAUCCCUCGGCAGUAUAUUCGACUUGUUCCCGUCCUCAGCGAUCUCCCCCAUGGGCGCUACGACGAGCGCUUCGCCCGCGAGCACACCCGACGCUCCUUCCGACUCACCUCCUGCUGCCGCCUCUGCCUCGACGACGACACCCAAAACAUCCACAUCCACGCCCCGUAAAAGCGCGAAAACGAAGCCCAAGAAAGAGGCCCUAAUCGUCGAAGAACACGACGCGAAAUGUCGCCACUGCUCCAAAGUCAUGGUCAAACUCAUCCUCCGAGGGAACCGCACCGAGCUCGACGUACCCUACCAGAUGCACUUCGAAUGCAGCGACUGCGUCUCGGUGUUCCCGCGGACGGCGAGCAGGAAGAGGACGAAUCAGGUGGAGGACACGACGUUGCCGACGACGUGCAGCGUCUGCACAAGGGUUAGGGGUCAGGGCGGAUUUUUGGCGAAGAAUAGGGGCCAACUGAGCUUCACGGUCGAGGUUAUUUGUGUGCCCUGCUCGCAGAAAUAUAAACGGUGCUCGAACUGUGGCGGGGGCUCAACGAGAUUAGGUAUCGGCAAGUGGCGAUGCAAGGAACUCUUCCAAGAGAACAGAAAGACGUGCAAGCUGUCCCAUGUCAGCCUUGGAGCGAGAGAUAUGGAGAUGGCGGUUUGGGAGCUCCCGCAGGACGUGCAAGGCCGUCCGGAACUCCCGGAACUCCUGGAAGUGAUCAAUAAUUUCUGGAAAGAGCAUCAACUCGCGAAACUGGCUAUCCCAGAGGUUCUCGAACACUCGCCAGGCCUAAGCACGUACGAAGACAUCGAACGCAAAAUCAUCUCCAUGGGCUUCACAGCACGCAACCUCUUCCGCGACCCACCAAUGUCCCCGCAUCAUAAACCCUUCGUCGCACUCACCUGGGCGCGCGCACGAGCGAGGCGGGAUAAGUCGAAGCCGGAGUGGACGAAGGAGAGGUCUGUGGACAAGACCGCGGAGGAAUGGAUCGCGUUUAAUACGAAACGGACGAAUGCGUUUAUUCCGGAGCAUUCGAUUUUAUGUGGGGUUUGGAUGUUGGACUGGUCGGUCAAGGAGCGCACGCUGAACUGGCUCACGGUUUCCUUUUUCGACUGGGGUGAAAUGGAGGACCGGUCGACAUACUCGUUCAUGGCCAUGCUACACCGUAUAUUGGAACAACUGAACGAACACAACGCUAAGCACCCGGAGGACCCUUGGCAGGCGCCAGCACAUCUAUGGUCCUCAAUCAAAGCCAAUCCGUAUCCCCUCCGACUCCGCCUCCUCGAAUUCCUCCAACGUCGCGUCUCCAUGCUCCCCCUCGACGAAUACCUCGCCCGAAACCCCACGACCGCCUCCCGCUCCAUGUUCACAGCGACAUCCGGACCCGUCGCGAAGGCCAUAAGCCAGCGACCGUCGGUGGACGGGCACGAGGAGCUGAGCAUAUUGGUGAAGGCUUCGGGAGAUAUGUCGUUGGAUGAUGUGAAGAAGGUGAUGGAGAUUGAGUUGAAGAAGGUGCCGAAGGGGAUUAUUGGGUCGGAAGGGGAGUGAGAGUCGAAGGUGCCAGUGGGGAUGUGAAAGGGAAAGAGUGUGUAUGCAUCUAAAUUAUCGAUUUUUUGUUUGUUUUUUUUCGUUCAUUUCUCCAGGUCCGGCUGACUCGACUUGCACUCUCGGAGGGCUCGUAAACAAUUGCAUGCUAAAUUAUUUAAUUAUGUCGCUGUGUUCCGUCAUGCCAUUGCUACAGGCGUCAUAGCGAUGAGAUGAGAUGAGAUCGAGACUGCUGCUUUGCCUGCUUGCCAUAUGUUGUGUAGAAUGUACACGCUGUUGCUGUUACUUAUAAUUGCAUUUGUCCUCC